AGCGUUCCGGGAGCCGCGAGCUGGGAGGGAAGGGGGGCCGAAGCGAUCCUCCCCUCCAUGAUUGGCAGCGCGCGCGUCCCCCCCCCCCCCUUCCCUCUCGGUUGGUGCUGCCCCUCGGCAGCCGUGGAACACGCAUCCGCAGCGCCCCGCCGGUUCUCUCCGCGCUGCUCUCCACUUGCCUCUGCUGCGCUCAUUUGUUUUAAAUUUUUUUCGCCCUCCUCCCCUCCUAUCUUUUGGCGCUUCUCCUCUCGCCCGCCCGCACGGCGGGCUGCCUCCGCGGGCGCGCAGCUCGGGGCCAUGCCGCCGGGGCCGCCGCUGCUUCGGGGCCCCCUCCCCGUCCUCUUUCUCCUGCACUUACUCGGCCCCCCGGGCCGUGGUGCCGUCUACAGCAACCAUUUCUUGGUGGAGCUGCACGACGGGGGCCAGGCGGAGGCCGAGCGGGUAGCGGAGGAGCACGGUUUCGGUGGGGUACGGAAGCUCCCUUUUUUAGAAUCUGGAUACUUUUUUUAUCACAAUGGUCUUGCUAAAGCCAGGAGAAGACGCAGCCUUCAACACAAGCUUCGUCUGGAAAAGGACUCCAGGGUGAGGAAAGCUGUGCAACAGGAGGGGUUCAUCCGAAGGAAGCGAGGAUACAGAGACAUCAAUGACAUUGACAUCAACAUGAGUGAUCCUUUAUUUACAAAGCAGUGGUACCUGAUUAACACUGGUCAAGCAGAUGGGACUCCUGGACUUGACCUUAAUGUAGCUGAAGCAUGGGAGCUGGGAUACACAGGGAAGGGAGUAACCAUAGGAAUUAUGGAUGAUGGAAUUGAUUAUCUGCAUCCAGAUCUUGCAUCAAACUACAAUGCCAAAGCCAGCUACGACUUCAGCAGCAAUGAUCCCUACCCCUACCCCCGCUAUACAGAUGACUGGUUUAACAGCCACGGGACAAGGUGUGCAGGAGAGGUAUCUGCUGCUGCCAACAACAACAUCUGCGGCGUGGGAGUUGCGUACAACUCCAAAGUGGCAGGUAUUCGAAUGCUCGACCAGCCAUUUAUGACAGACAUUAUUGAGGCUUCCUCCAUCAGUCAUAUGCCUCAAGUCAUAGAUAUAUAUAGUGCCAGCUGGGGACCAACUGAUAAUGGGAAGACUGUGGAUGGACCUAGAGAGUUAACGCUGCAAGCAAUGGCAGAUGGUGUGAAUAAGGGCCGGGGUGGAAAAGGCAGCAUCUAUGUCUGGGCCUCUGGAGAUGGAGGCAGCUAUGAUGACUGUAACUGUGAUGGUUAUGCAUCGAGCAUGUGGACAAUCUCCAUCAAUUCUGCCAUAAAUGAUGGGCGGACAGCUCUGUAUGAUGAAAGCUGCUCUUCAACCUUAGCCUCCACCUUUAGUAAUGGGAGGAAGAGAAAUCCAGAGGCUGGUGUGGCUACAACAGAUUUGUAUGGCAACUGCACCCUGCGUCAUUCAGGCACAUCUGCAGCUGCCCCUGAAGCAGCCGGAGUGUUCGCCCUGGCCCUGGAGGCUAACUUGCAUCUGACAUGGAGAGACAUGCAGCAUCUGACAGUGCUUACCUCCAAGAGGAACCAGCUUCAUGAUGAGGUUCACAGGUGGCGUAGGAAUGGCGUUGGACUGGAGUUCAACCAUUUGUUUGGCUAUGGUGUCCUAGAUGCAGGAGCCAUGGUUAAGAUGGCAAAAGACUGGAAGACUGUUCCUGAGAGAUUCCAUUGUGUUGGAGGGUCAAUACAGGAACCUGAAAAGAUACCACCAAGUGGCAAACUGUUCCUCACACUGACAACUGAUGCAUGUGAGGGGAAGGAGAACUUUGUCCGGUACCUUGAACAUGUGCAGGCAGUUAUAACUGUGAAUUCCACUCGACGAGGAGACCUCAACAUCAACAUGACCUCACCAAUGGGAACAAAGUCCAUUUUGCUGAGCCGGCGCCCCAGGGAUGAUGACUCGAAGGUGGGUUUUGACAAGUGGCCAUUCAUGACAACUCACACGUGGGGAGAAGACCCCCGAGGCACCUGGGCUCUGGAGAUUGGGUUUGUUGGUAGCCAGCCCCAGCGGGGUGUUCUGAAGGAGUGGACACUGAUGCUGCAUGGUACUCAGAGUGCACCGUAUAUAGACCAAAUCGUAAAAGAUUAUCAGUCCAAGCUGGCCAUGUCCAAGAAGGAAGAGCUGGAAGAAGAGUUAGAUGAAGCAGUGGAGAGAAGCCUGAAGAGUAUACUGAGCAAGAAGUAGUGCGGUGUUGCAUGACAGUGUCUUUCCUUCCCCAGACCCCUCUACUCACCAUUCUACUAUCCAGACCUCUGUGUUAGACAUAUUACAAUGAUUGUCUCUCUAGACAAAUUAUCAUCCUUUCUUGAUUUUAAAGUCUUAUAUCUCAUCAAUAAUUAUUUUACUUGCCACUGAAGCAGUCUGUUUUUUUAUCUCUAAACCACAAAAUAUACUCCCACCAAAUAGUUUGUGACUGUAAAUGAUGAUUUUUCUUUUGUCAUACAAAUAGUUAAUAACCUGCAAAGAAGUUAAUGGCUUUUCCCUUCAUAUUUCUGUGAUAUAUGUUUAUAUUUUAAAAAAAGUGAAUUUUAACACUGGAAGUUGGUGAUAAUUGAGCACAUUUUUUAAAAUGAUAGAGAGAGGGAAUCACAAAGAAGUUGUCUGGAGAGGUCUUUGAACAUCCUCCUGCAUCACUGACUUCAGUGGGACUUCCUCCAUUGGGUUCAACCAAAGUACCACUAGACCCCACAAAAAGAAAUAAUCCAGAGAUAAGGAAAAUUCGCCAAUCUGAUUGGCAGAAAUCCAAUUCUUUUGACAGUUUUAUUUCAUACUACACAUACACACUUCAGCUACAGGAUGGAUCAACAGAUGCAAUAAGAAAGGCAAAGCAAUGCCAAAGCUGGGUGGCAGGGAGAAGUGAUUUGCAAACUGGGUCAGCACCUCCUAGAAGCACAAAUCCCUAGAGUUUUUUUUAGUUUGGUAGUUUUGGGGAUUCUUUUCCUGUGGUGGUUUUUUUGGUUUUGGUUUGGUUUUUCUUGUUUUGUUUUGUUUUGUAAUUUUAGCAAUUUAAAUCAAUUUACCAUCUUUUGGCAAAACAAGCACAUAGCUGUAGGAUUUUUGGCAGCUUGUUUGCAUCUUCUGGUCUCUCUACUGAGAUGUUCUCAAGCACUAUAAAAUGAGGCUGUGUCAGCAUUACCAACCACAGACACCUGUUUUCUGGGGUUUGCAACCCAGCUGCCAGUAAACUGCUGUGGGGAAAAUUUGAAGCACACAGUUUCAGUCCCAAAGCAAUUUUUAAUUUAAAUUUCUUUCUUUAAAGCUAUAUAUUUGCUGGUAUUAUGUUAUACAAAUAUAUUUAAGGAGAAAAAUAUGCUGAAGUUAUUAAAGUGUAAUGCAAUGUUGGCCUUCUUGAGAAAUAAAAUCUAGUAUAUUUGGGAAGA